AACCUUGUGGCUUAUUGAGCAGUGGACUGUUAUGGAUUUGGAUAGCACUGAAGGUCUAAAUGAAAUUCGUUCCGCAGUGUAUCGAGCUGCUCUAAAGCUUCGCACGUUACAAAAACUAUGUCAGAUGCACCUGGUGUCACUGCAGGAUUUGCGCCCAGUUCUAAAUACUUUGUGCAGUUCUGGGGAACCAAUGAUUAGUCUUGCUCAAGAAGAUGUACAGCAGCAUCUAGAAGAGCUAUUCCAGAGCAUUUCACAUGAACUUCCUGAUGAGGCGGUUCCUGAAGCCACAGAUCAAACCACCAGGCUUCUCUUUAAACUGUUCGACAGAGAGCAAACUGGUGUUAUUCUGCUCAGGUCAGUGGAGGCCGCGCUGAUCGCCCUCUGUGGAGACACUCUCUCAGCUAAACACAGAGGUCUGUUCUACAUUCACUUAAUUUCUAAGUGAUUUAAUCUUUCAGCAUGAAAAAAUAGUGUUUAGAGUCUGUGUUUGUGUCUUUGCAGCUCUGUUCCGACUGGCUGAGAGCUACAGUGGGAAUCAGGAGAGUGACAGGGGCUCUAUCAGUCGAAGUGCACUCAAAAUCCUGCUGGAAGACCUCAGCCAGGUGAGAAAAACAAUCCAAUGAAUUAGACUCACUUCUAACAAAUACCAGCAAAUUUCUAACUAAAAAUGGUCUGUUUAAGGUUCCAGCAGUGGUUCAGGGAAACCAUGUUUUUGGUCAAGCUGAAGCUGCAGUGUGCGCUUGCUUUAAUGGGGUAUAGUAUAUU